CCAUGGCUCGAAGCUCUUCGAGACGCCAUCAGAGCGAAGUUCGUCAACGGCGAGACCGUUGUUCUUGCUUGUUCUGCUCUACAGAAGAGGUACAGAGAUAUCAUCCGGUCAGCAGAUCCAGAUUACAAAGCAGGCGAGUAUAGCUACUGCAAGGUAAAGUUUGUCUGCUUAGUAGCGCCUGUGGGAACAAUUGCUGAAAGGAUCAACAAAAGAUCAGAGAAAGGGAAUCAUUUCAUGCCAGUUUCAUUGCUACAAUCUCAGAUGGAUUUGCUUCAGAUUUUUGAGUAUGAGGGAAUACCUCAAAUUGAUUCCACCAUG